AGGGUGGAGUUCUCCGCUCCAAGGUGAAGCCUUGGCCGUGGAAGGCCCUGCUGUGGCUGCGGGGAAGCCUGGGUUCAGCACCGCAGCGGUGCACAGUGCAAAUUGUGGUACGAAACCUUCGAAGGCACAAAGACCCUUAAUAACCCUUGAGGUAUUUUCUGAUUUUGCUGGUCUUUAUCCUUUUUCCAAAGAUAGACCCUUGAUUGGCGAUGUUGGUGUCCAUUCAUGUCCGUUCUCAAACUCGUUGGGGCUAUAAUGCAAACCACCUACUACCUGUCCUUGAAAGAAGUGAAACCUUUCCAGCGCCCUUCGGAUCCACACGAUGGGCCAGCAACCGGUCGGACCGGGCUCCAUCCAACCGGGAGUAGAUGGGUGGGGUUGACUGGAGUAGGAUCGAUUUUUACCCCAAGCACCCCGAAGAACCAGGGAACCGUUCUGCGGAGCUGUUUUUUGGGGGUCAUUGAGGAGCUGCGCGGUUUGCGGUCCUCGACCUUUUUUCAGCCAGUCAGAUAUAGCUUGCUCUUCAAGAGUGGCAGACUUUCUUGGAGGUGUUGAAAAAAACAGGAACACACACACACACACAUCAGUCUUGCAAUCUUGUUCUCCUCCCACUUCAAUUCCAUGCGAUCCGAUCCUAGCCUAUGAAGGAAGAAAUCCACGUCGAGCAGAACUCUUGUGUCCUCUGUAAGACUCCAGCACUAUAUACACCCCUUCUCUUACAGAAGGGCAUCCAGGAACUAGAUUUCAGACUGAAACAACUCUAAAGAGAUGAACAGAUAAACCAGCAAGCAAAGCAGCAAUCUCAAGUAUUUGUCGUGGAUACUUGCCCAUCCAUUUUGCUUCAGCGCUGCAGCGAGCGUUUCGCCAAAACGUUUCAGUACUCUGGAAGUCCCAGAACCGCAUCGACCAACCCAGGGCGGGGGGUUUCUUUGGAACGACACAGAACGACACCAAUGGGGUGAUCACUUCAAGUAAGGAUCCGUUGAGUUCUCUCGUUGUGCUGGCUCACCCGGCUCACCCUUUCUCGAAGUGGAUGUGUCAUCACCCCUUACGAAUCCCAGAUCUGGCUAUAGGUCACAUGAAGAAAAACAGACGUUCCCAGGGAUCCUCCACCCAUCCGAUAAGUGAAUGGUUCCUUGGCCAAAAGCACCCAGACUCUAACUGAUUCCAUGCUGGACCCCUUCUACCUGCAAAGCCUAUAUGACACAGGUCACAGCACCCACCCCACACGCGCCCACACGUUUUCACCCCUGUCGCCCUGUCAUGGCGUUGUCGCAGGAGGAGAAGCAUGAAAGGGCCUCUCGAAGUCUCGAGGAAUUGGAGGAAGUGAUCGAGACUUUCCGGAAGAGAUCACAAGAGUUCCAGGAGUUGAAGAAAGUACGCGAAAAGCCAGGCAUGGCGGCGUCCGAGGUGAAGCGGCUGGAGUCUGGAGUAGAAGAUUUCCAAGAGACCUUCAAACAAUUUGGCCUGGACGUGAAGGACUACAUCAGCAAACAUGCCCCACACUUUGCGGCCUUGGGGCUGUCCUUGGACCUGCGGCGAAGUUGGCUGGAUGCAGUGAACAAGAGUGGCGAGCAACGGAAAGAGGCGGGGGAAGCCUUGGAGGCGGUGCGAGCGGCGUGUCGCAACGCCAAGGAGACGGCGAAGAAGGAGCUCCUGCGAGCCGCCAAGGUGCGGCUCCAUUUGGAGGAAGAUCCUGGCGAGAUGGCUGUCUCAAAAGCCAGAGAACUCGUGGAGAUGUGCGAAGAUAAGGUGGAACCUUUCAUUGGGAUCCCUCAGAACAAAGACGAAAAUGAGAUGGAUUGGAUCGCCAAGGAGCUGGAGCCAAUGAUUGCCGAGGCGGAGGAGGGGAUCCAGGCGGCCUUCACGCAGACUCAGGAGCAUCCGCUGAAGAUGGAGGUGGAAAUCGAAGAAGAGAUUCGAGAGGAGAUCAACGAGUACCUGAAAGACGAGGCCAAAAGGCUGCAGAUGGCCUUGGGACAGUUCGGGCGAAGAACGGGGCGCGUGAAGAACUUGGUGGCCAACUACCAGAGAGACGUGCAAAAGGCCAAGAGCAAAGAAUUGCUCGACGAGCUAAAGCCACAAAUCCUUGAGGCGGUCAAGGCGCUCAAUGUGGAGGAAGCCUCGGCGGAGGUGUCGGAAGCAAUCAAGGAGGCGGAGGUGCUGUCUGAAAAGGUGAGGAGUAUGGCUUUGAUGCCAGCGGAAGAACUUCAGGCGAUUGCCAAAGAAAUGGAUGCCAAAGUUGCAGAAGCAGCAAGUAGCUUGGAGGCCUUCCAGGAUCAGCUUUGUCCCAUCGAGGAGCAUACGGUGGAGGAGGUGGAUGACUAUGUGAAGCAGGUGUUGCGAAAGCACAUCUUCAGUGAAAUGAAAGGAUUUCAGGCCAAGCUGGACUUCUUCCAGGUGCGCCUGAAGCGGCUCCGAGGCAUCUUGGAGCGCUGCGCCCAGCAGAUCAAAAGCCAAGAUGUCUUCCGUUUGAAGAAAGUCAGGACCAAGGUCCUUGCCAUGAUGGAUGUCUUCCGAGAGGACCAGGCAGAUAAAGGCUUAGAAGGGCUGCCUUCCAAGGAUGUCUUUCGGAUGCUGGACAAGGAUGAGGAUGGUGUGCUCAAUCGCGAAGAGUUCUUGGGUUUUUUUGAAGACGUCUUCCCUUUGCUGCAGGACAAGUAUCAACAACUUCAACCUUCUACAGAGGAGCUGGAAAGCCUCUUCGAGUUUGGCCUGAAGAAUGAUGAGACCAGUCUCUCUUUUGACGGCUUCGAGCGCUUGUUGAUCCGCUUCAUGCAGGUCGUGCAGACCACGACGAUGACCAAAAACGUGGCCAUCACCGCCGGCGAGGUCAUUCGGAGUCUAAAGCCUGGGGAGCUCCUCGAGGUGCUUGGAGGCCCUCAGACCAACUCUGCCCAGCUGCGCCGCGUCUUCUGCCGAGCGAAGGAUGGCGCGAUUGGCUGGGUCACGGUGACGAGCAACGUGGGAACGCCGUUCCUCAAGGACUUUCAGCCGGCGUGAGUUGCGCUACAUGAGCUUCUGAAAGACUUGCUUUAUGUCCUUCUGAGCCCAAGCCACAUGAGAUGUGUUGUAAAUUCCUGUUGCCUUAUUCUGCCUGAUGUCAGCUUGUAUGGUUCAGCUCACCAGACCACCGUUUCCGGCGCAAAAAGAGCGGUGCGCCGUUUGUCCCAUUUGCUGCUUCGCGGUUUGACGCCCGUGUGAGAAACUCGUUCGUUUCGCAUCGGUUCUGAAGUCUCCAGUCUCUGAUCCAGUCUCCAGUCUCUGA